AUGCGUUUGCGCGCCUCCAUAAGACCCCAUCCAUGGCCCAUCACACAGCCUGCAGGAUACCUCAUGCGCCUGCGCCGCGAUAGGCGGAAUCCAAUCGUUCUGUGCAACGUCGGAACUCCUGGUCUGAGUGCCCCUCUUGGUGAUGACAGACAGCCUGGGAUUUGCUGCAUGUAAGUCGCCCGGGAUCGAGAGAAGAGGAGCCCGUCUUGCAUCCGUGCAACCUGUAUUACACGUCUCGGCUUGAUACAGCCCACAUAUGCAAAGGACAGCUUCGUUUGCAGAGGGGCAAAAGAUUCCUGCAAAAGACCGCCCACCGCCCACCGCCCAUCUAAUUGCUCGAUUUGCUGUAUUGGAGGCAUCUAAUUCCAGCCGGGAUCGCGUCCCUCUCCACAUUGCGUGUGGGGAUUCAAUAGCAUCUCCUCCAAGUCUAUGGGACGGGGGGCACCGCUGGCCCAACUGGACCAGACGAACGCUGCUCAUUUCCAAUCGUGACUCGCUGUCUGCCAUGCUGGGCUGCUUGUUGCUUGUUCUUGUUGCUGUUCACCUGGUUGGCAAUGUCCGUCGUCUGGACAGUGGGUAAGUGCGUAGGCUCCAUCUUCCAGCCCCCGACGCUCAGCUCCAUGCUGAUGCUCCAUCACGGUUGUGGGUUUGGUGGCACAGCGUCGUGGCGUGUUCGCACGCGGUAUCCGAUCCGUACUGCUGUUUGCGAAGCACGGAGGCUGCGGCAAAACCACAUGGCAAUAACGUCUGAGGGUUUUGCCAUGUCGCUGCGACCCCUUUGCCCACAAAUUGAAGUUGGCCGUCGGCGACAACAAGAACAGGAACAAGUGCCGCAAUGACCUGCGCUAGCUGCCACGCGCAUCACACCGUCGGCGGGCUGUCGUCGGGGGCCACUGUUCGUCUCCAUCAAUACGUCAAACUCGGCCGUCGUUCGCACCCUCAGUGGCCAAUUGAUGCCGAUCUGGCGUGUCGGCCGAGUGAGAGUCCACGUUUUGCUUGGACCGAUUGUAGGGGACGGACUGGUUGGCUCCUCGGAGCUGUCAGCCUACUGUAGUGCACUGUCGCAGGGGCAAACCGGUAGUCGGGGUCCUCGAGUCAUUUCAGUCUGACCACUGAACAUGACGCAGGCCGUGACGCCUGGUGAUUUCGGACAAUGUCCAUCCAUUCCUGCGGAGAGGGAGGGAGAAAGAAAAAGAGAUCUGCUCCCAAAACCUGACGACUGAGCGGCAGAGUCAAGGGAUGAGAGGGUUCGACACACCCCCCUCCCACCAUACGGCUGGCUCAUGUUCUGCCGCCUGCGGCUGUCAGGCAGUGGAAACCCCCCCUCUCCAAUCCAAGAGUCCUAACGCGAAGCGAGGCCGUGAAGAAACGCAUAGGCCGGAUUGAGAAAAGGGUGCAGCAGGACUGA